CUUUGCUUGUUUUUGUGUCGCGGCGUCUGGCGUUCGUGGGCGUCUUGGCGGGUGGCUUGUGCCUUUUGUAAUAUGGCGAGCUAGGCGUACCGCGGCGCUGCAGCGGCUGGCGUAGCAGUGAAGGACGGAUGUGUGGUGUCGCCCUGAGGCGCUGGACUAACCCUGGCUCCUCGUAGGCAGCGUAGAGUCCUGGAGAUGUUCGAUGCGAUUUGCUUGCUAGUGUGUUACAUGCCGCUAGCUCGUGAUUUGCUUUUGGUCCUUUUUUAAAAGCCCGUGCUUGCAUCAAAGCAUACUUUUGGCGGCUCGGGCAUCGAUUCUCUCCAAGCUUUUAACUUCUAGCAGCAGCGCAGUCGCGGACCGCGAAGCUCACUAACCAAGCCUCACGUGCUGCAGCAGCAGCCCAGCACUUGCAAAAGCGAUCAGUUUUCGCAAAGCCUGCAGCUGCAGGCUAUCAUAUUUUGCAAGCAAACACUGCAAGCGAUCGUUUUUGCAGCCAUGCGACCAAUCCUCCAGCGUCGCGCUGCCGCGCGCCUCGCGGCCGCGUUGCUCACUCCAUUCAUCCCGGAGCUGCGGCAGCAACCCGCGCUCGCGAUAUCGGCGACGACGAUGAGCGGCAAGACGCGGCCCGACACGGGCUGCGUGUUGGUGAGCGAGCCGCGGGUCGACAGGGUCGGCAAAGCGCAGGUAUUGAAUGCUGAGCUCGUGACGUCGGACGGCUACGUCGCGACGGCGUCGUUCGAAACGCCCUGGUUCCUGCAACUGGGCAACUAUUAUGAUGUGGAAGUUAGAAGUAAGGAGGGCGGCGACGGCGCGUUCCUCGUGUCGAAGACGCCGCCGCAGGGGACGAGUUCUUCAGCCUCAUGGUUCUCUGAUAAUAUAUUUGGCAUCAGCGGACGCUACGGCGCGUACGGCGCGCCGCAGGACGUCCGCGUCUUGCGGGACGAGCGCGACCGCUCCGUUGAUGGUGGGCGUUUAUUGGAGUACUCGUUCACGGCGCUGAAGGGGAACGCGGAGGUCCAGCGCCGCGCCUUCGUGAAAGCCGUGUCUCCGCCGGGUUCGAAGGACGUCGUCAUCCUCGUCGCCGGCACGACGGCCCGCGCCCCGGCGUCCUUCCCUUCGACUCGCACGGUCGCGGCGAUGGCGUGCUGGUGGGGAAAGACGCCACCUCCACGCCAUCGACGCGACGUGUUCCACCCACAGGCCAGCCGAUGGAAAAAAGAAAACGGCGAGAAAACCUCGCGGGCCGUCGUCGACUCGCUGCGCGUGUCUUCGUCCAAGACGAACCUGAAGAAGGACGAGGCGUCCGACUACCGGACGUACAAGUCGAAGAUGCCCGAUUUAUCACCGCAGAAGGAGGGCGGCGGGGCGACGUAUCGUGACUAAUUUGAGCCGCUCUACGCGAAGAACCCGCCGCCGCGCCAGACGCCGCCGCCCGCGAUCGGGGAGACGCCGAAGCCUACGCC